GCCCAGUAUUUUAAAAGUGCUGCUGCUCUGUUCCCCGAAUGGCACUUCUAGCAUACCAAAUUCCGCGUGCAUGCCUCUAAUUAUAGCCCUAGUGACAUUAUAGUAAAUAUAGAAAAAGAAUGUCCUUUGUGCAGAGCAGCUGAGUGCUCAUGAGUUCCUAAAAUAUAAUGGCAAGUACCGAACAGUAGAAAUGUAUUCAAAAUGAGCAAAUAUAUUAGAGAGCUGUGGAGGUCAGUCACAGCAAAACUUCAUAUUCCCAGCUAAUGUCAUCAGUUAAAAUUAGAACUUGGCUGGCAUUACAUUACACUUUGUCGUAGAUGGUGGGAGGGCUGUAAAUGGCUUCAGCAAUCCAGGCAAGAUUCAUGAUGGAUUUCUAUUUGGGAGAAAAGAGUGAGCCAUGGGAAAACUGAGAAUGGUUUUGCCUCUGUUGGAGGUCAGUUACAAUUAAGGAUAUAAGACACUUGAAAAUCUCUUCUGGUUUUCCAUUCUUAUAUACAUGAUGGUCUGUAAGGAAUAGCAAUGCUGAAAAAUGAAACCUGAUGCUGAAUCAGAAUGCGAAAGACCUGCAACAGAAAUUGCAGUUGGUGUUGGCUCAUUUUCGGCAGUUAAGGCACUUUGGGAAAUCAGAAUUGAGAAAAUAACAGAAGAACUUCGAAAAGAAAAAGAAUUCCGUCAGAGGGCUGUAGGGAGACUGACCCUUGUUUGGGAAGAAAAGGCCAGUUUGGCCAAACUUAAAGAAAAAGUAACCACUGAAGAUGGAAGGGCUGUUUUAAGGAUUGAGCAGGAAGAAUGGAAGACUCUACCUUCUUGUUUACUGAGACUGAACCACCUCCAGGAAUGGCAGCUUCACAGAAUCAAUUUGGUAAAAAUCCCUCAAUUCAUUGGUCGCUUUCAAAAUCUCAUUGUUCUAGAUCUGUCCCGAAAUUCCAUUGCGGAAAUCCCUAGGGAGAUUGGUCAGUUGUCAAAUCUCCAAGAGCUGAUCCUCAGUUACAAUAAAAUCAAAUCUGUUCCUAAAGAGCUGUGCAAUUGUGUCAGCUUAGAAAGAUUGGACCUGGCAGUGAAUCGUGACAUCGCUGAGCUUCCCUAUCAGCUCAGGGAAAUGAAGAAGCUUUACCACCUGGAUCUGAGCAUGAACAAUUUUACCACCUUCCCAUCAGUUGUCCUGGAUAUGCCAAACCUGGAAUGGUUAGACUUGGGGAGCAAUCAGCUUAAAGAAAUCCCUGGCAAUCUUGACAGAGCAGAAAACUUGCAUACUUUGUGGCUUCAAAGAAAUCAAAUCACUUUCUUACCAGAGUCCAUUUGUAACUUAAAAAACCUGAGCACACUUGUCCUUACUGGCAACAGACUCCAAGAUAUUCCUGCUUUCAUGAAAGAUGUGACAAACCUAAGAUUUGUCAACUUCAGAGACAACCCGCUGAAGUUGCAGGUAACACUUCCACCUUGUGAGAAUACUGAAGAGGAAGAGGAACGGGAACUGCAUGGCAUUGAGUUCAUGCAUGCAUACAUUGAGGAGUCACUCAGGAGAAAAGAAAACAUGGAAAGUGAUACUCCAGAUGGUGCCUCAGCUGACAAGGAAAAAUAAAAUUCCAUGUCCUUUC